ACCGGACUAAACAUGAUUCCAAAAAUGUAAUAAAAUUGAGAUCGAACACAAUAGACUGUUGAACUCGAUUGCACCAACAUGGAUCACAUAACAGUGAUAAUUAACCUGUUGAUCUUCAAGUGAUGUGUGGAGUAUGUAUAGGCUAAUGACAAACAAUUCUUCGACAGAAAACAUUUUGCCGAGUUAAUUCAUUGUGAAGGAAUAUGUACAGUAACAGACAAUUCUUCGACAAAAAACUAUGUGAUGAGUUAAUGAAAGUGCAAAGGACAAUCAGGUGUCAAGAACAGCUGCUGAUAACUCAAGGUCAACGGAAAAUUCAAGGUCGAAUAAUUCAAGAUAAUAGCCAAAGUCCACAAUGACGUUCCCACCAACACUGCUGGGGGCGGCAUACCUCCUUUUAGCCGCCUCCGCCUCACUAUCGGAGGCAGCCCGCCUAGCCCCCGAUGACUCCUCCCUGGAGGCGGGAGACCAACAGCAGAUGGCAUCUUCCGCUGUCGUACACACGGCCCAACCACCCCCGGGGGCCGCUGACAGCCUGGAGCAGUACGUGAGGGGUCUGGAGGUCUCCGCCCCCGAGGGCGCACCCCUCUCUAGCGACGACUACCCUCUCAACUUUAACUACCACAACUUCGACCAGAUGACCAAGUUCCUUAGGAUGACGUCAUCCAGGUACCCACACCUGUCAGCACUCUACUCGAUCGGAAAGUCUGUUCAAGGAAGAGACCUCUGGGUGAUGGUGGUAUCAUCCUCACCAUAUGAGCACAUGAUUGGAAAACCUGACGUGAAAUAUGUUGCCAACAUGCAUGGAAAUGAAGCUGUCGGACGAGAGUUGAUGCUGCAUCUCAUACAAUACUUGGUGACCAGCUAUACAACAGACCCCUACAUAAAAUGGCUACUGGACAAUACUCGUAUCCAUAUCCUGCCUUCUAUGAAUCCCGACGGCUUCGAGGUGGCGCGCGAAGGACAGUGUGACGGCGGCGUGGGUCGCUACAACGCGCGCGGCUUCGACUUGAACCGCAACUUCCCGGACUACUUCAAGCACAACAACAAACGCGGUCAGCCGGAGACCGACGCCGUCAAGGAGUGGACCAGCAAGAUACAGUUCGUGCUGUCGGGGGGCCUCCAUGGGGGUGCACUCGUCGCCAGCUACCCCUUCGACAACACACCCAACUCUCGAAUAUGCAGGUCUUCACCGUUAUGCGCAGUGUUCCAGAGCUACGCAUCGACGCCAUCUUUGACUCCCGAUGACGACGUUUUCAAACAUUUGGCGCUGACAUACUCCCGAAAUCACCCCACAAUGCAUCAGGGGAAACCAUGCAAGUCGGGAACGCCUUCGUUCAACCAAGGCAUCACAAACGGAGCUGCAUGGUAUCCUCUCACAGGAGGAAUGCAGGACUUCAACUACGUUUGGUACGGAUGCAUGGAAGUCACAUUGGAAUUGUCCUGCUGCAAGUUCCCACACUCAUCAGAGCUGCCCAAAUUCUGGGAGGAAAAUAGAUUGCCACUAGUGAAAUUCCUGGCGGAGGCACACCGUGGAGUGCAUGGAUUCGUGAUGGACGAGCACGGUAAUCCGGUCGAGAAGGCCUCGCUCAAGGUCAAGAACCGCAACGUUGGUUUCCAGACCACCAAGUACGGAGAGUUCUGGAGGAUACUCAUGCCCGGAGUAUACAUUCUCGAGGUAUUCGCCGACGGUUACAUGCCUCGCGAGGUCGAUUUCAUGGUGAUCGAAGACCACCCGACACUACUCAACGUGACUCUUCACCCGCCCAAGCACCAGGCAACCAGUGGACCAAAAGAUGAUAACAGCAACAACGACACAACAACAAGUUGCAAACAAACAGAAGACAGCAAAAGAGCAUGUAACAACCUUAAACCAAUAAUUGUACCUAACACAAAAAAUAAUCAAAAAGGAACUAAAGUCAUCAAUCAAAGCAGGAAACCAAGUGACCCAGCAACUCAAGGUGAACUUGGUGGGGUUCCACCUCAAGGUUCAUCUCAGAAUGUUCCUCAAGCCUUGGAACCACAGGGAAAUCUGCAGGAUUUCAAUCCUCAAGGGACUUCACAAUCCUCAGAUUUCUUGAGUCCGACUCUAGCGCAGCCUGGUGGCGUUCUACUGUACUAUCCGACACUGCAACAGACGCCACUUUCGCUAGAGCAGCCUCUGACGCCACAAUCCGGGGUGCAUAAAAGUUUACACCAGCCGUAUUCGGAUGCAAUCAUUUUCCCGACCAACUAGCAACAACGACAAGAACCUGGAACUUCGGCCUCCUUCUACCGCCCCCAACAGCAGCUGCCCCACAACGGAGGCGGCAACCCACAGCAUUUCUACCACCACCCCCACCACCUUCUCUCACCUGGACCGCCGCCCCUCCUCAAACCCAGCAACCAGGAGUCUGGUAUUCUCUCCUCCAUCACAAACGGAUUCAACAACCUGGUCAGCAACAUUUUCGGAUAGAUUCCAGAAACAUCACACUCGACUAACGGGAAAUCAGAAAGGACCUUUAAAGAGUUGGCGCACAUACGGAUUCAGCAAUCUGGUCGGCAACAUUUUCGGAUAGAUGCCAGAAACGUCACACUAGACUAACGGGAAAGCAGAAAGGUCCCCUUUGGAGAGUUGCCGCUAAAAAGAGGAGAUGGUAUUUUUAGCGCAUAUUUAGUUGGUAGAGAAGAGGAAUUGGUAGUUGUGAUGAAAAUUGAGAGGUGAGUCAGUAGAGAGCCCGUGAAUGUGAAUUAAGUCAAUAUUAAGUCCAUUAAGAACUCACUUGAACUAAAACAUAAAUAAAUAGAGAAACAUUGAUGGGAAAAUGGCCCAAAAUGGAUAGAUAGUUGAUAGCCGAAAAUACAGAGAGAAAUGUUUACUAGAAGUCCAAAACUGGAAAAAAAUAAUGUUUCUGUAGGGCAAUCAAAUUGAUUUUAUCCAGUUUGAUAUUAAGUCUAAAUAUGCGCCUCAAGUGAGUGCUCUAGAUAGAGAUAUUUCCUGUCAAAAAUAGUGCUCAUUUCUCAAAAUACUAAAGAAAUAUAAUCGUAUUUGUUGGUAAUUGACUCUUCUCUAAGCUCCAUUACAAUCUUUAUGUAAGUACCUAUUUAUUUGAGUGUUCCAUCAAUAAAUAAUGAAUUAACGGGAGGACUGACACAUCACAUAUCUAUAGGUACCAUCAAGUACCUAAUAAAUCAUAAUUAUUACUAGUUCUUAGUUUCAAAAGUUGAAUGAAACUUCUACAGUAUAGAUUAGGAACCAAAAAAUACAGUUUUAUAAUAUACCAGUGUGUUAUUUAGUGAGAAAAGAAUGAGUAAACGUUGGCGAAACUUCAAAGCUGGAUUCAGUGCAAAACACUAACAAAGUAUUCUAUGUGUAAAUAGCACCAUUUAUACCACCUAAACUGAUUUAAUUCAGUUGUGCUACUUGUAAAUAAAUUUAUUAAAUUAUUAUUAGUUAAAAUAGUUUCAACUUUCAUAUUAUAUGUGUAAUUGCGUUUUGUUUUGUAAAUGCAAUCCAUUCAACUUUUUAUAUAUACACAAAAUCAAUGUAUUUUUUACUACAGCACUCUUUUAGUGUUGUAAUCCUUAUGUUCUGGUCUCUUAAACUACAGCGCUACUCAAUCGUUUAAUUGAGCACCUAAUUUAAUUUAUUUAAGUUUGUUUUUAUUUUAUAAAUAAAUACUAUGAAAGUACAA